AAUCUUUCUCGAAGUGUAAGAUUCAAGAAAGAAAAUGUCAUUCUCAUUGAGUUAAUGCCAGAUCCAAAAGAAGCAAAAACAUCCGAGAUAAAUUUAUACCUCAGACCUCUGGCUGAUAAAUUAGAAAAGUUAUACAAGAGAGUCAGAGUCCAGACAUAUCAAUGCCCAAAUGAUACCACCAUUUGUGCUGCUCUGUUUAUGGUUGUCUGCAACAUUUCUACUGCACGAAAAGUGUGUGGAUUCAUGUCCCAUAUCAGUACAAACACAUGUCACAAAUGUAAUUGCCAAUUCUCCCAAUUAGCUGGAACGAGCUCUCUUAUUCGCACUAAGAAUAAUAAUUGUAAGAAUGUUGAGGUCUGGGGGAAUACAACCACUGAAGCUGAGAGACAUUAUCUUGAAGUUGAAAAUGAUAUUUGCUGGUCCAAACUGCAUUGUUUCCAGUACUUUGACGUUGUUUGCUACACAAUCAUUGAUCCAAUGCACAAUCUCUUCUUAGGC